GCCUAUAGCCAUUGAGAGAAAUCAGCACUGUGAUGCAUGCUUUUGCUGUCGGCACAUUUUUAUAAUGUGGUUUGCUCUACGCUUUGAAUGUGGUCUCAAGGGGUGGGAAGAAAUGACACCGGAGGAAAGUGCAAAAUCGUGGGCGUCAUUGGCUUUGAGAAGAGGGGGAAUCUGUCUGGUGCCCCAUGUCGAUAUUGCAAAGGGGUCGUUAUUGAAGACGGAGCAAAGCGACAUAAACUCUGUGCUGAAGGCAUCGUCAAACUUCAGCGCUGACAACUCGAUUAAAAUUGUUUUCAAGGUGCUUGAGUCGGCAAGCAGGUUACUCCCAGGAAAGUAUCUGAUGUGCCAUGAGGCAAGCAGCCCUGCCAUCGACAUAUACAAGGCUAUGACUGAAGCGCCUCAUGUGUCUGGAUCGACAGCAGCUGUUCUUUCAGGUUCUUCAGUUCCUAUGCCGGAAGGUUGGCUUCCAUCGGAGAUUCUCAUGCCUCAGGUGGAUGAUCAACAACAAGGAUCUAGUGAGCAGACAAUUUCUGUUGACAACCAGGAAUAUGACCUAUACACGGCUCAUCAAUCCUCUGGUGUAACAGAUAGUGAGAAUGUGCCCAUUGUUCCAAUCAAGUGGCAGCCAGAUGAUCCAAGCGUCCCACAAAUCCCGGGCACCUUUCCUCCUGCACAUUACAGGUCCUCUUCCACCAACGGGACUCACAACUGUGUCCAGGGCAUGGCUCCACCGAACUGUACUGUACAGUCUGGAGAUCUGCCAAGUGGCAGUUUUCAGGCAGGUAAUCUGCCAAGCAGUGAUUUACAGACUGAAAUUCUGACAGGUGGUACUGUUCACCUUGGAACCCUCCCAGGUGGCAGUGUACAGGCUGGAACUCUGGCAGGCCAGAAUCACCGGCCACUGGCUUUAUCAAGUGGCAGUGCACAGGCUGGAACUCAGCCAGGUGGUCAUGGACAUGCUAGAGUUCUGUCAGCUGGCGAUGUACCCGUAGGAUUCUUGCCAUGUGGCAGUCUUAAGGCUGCAGCUUCACCAGCUGGCACGAUACAGGAUGGAACUUCCUCAGGUGGCAGCACGCAGGCUAUAGUUAUGUCAGGCAAUAGAGAACAGGCAGGAUUCAGGCCAUACAGCAGUGCAAAGGCUGGAGAUCCCCCAGGUGGCCAGACAGUUGAGGCUGAAACUACGCCAGGUGGCAGGGGUGGAGUUAUGCCAGGUAGCACGGUUAGAGUUAUUCCAGGUGGCAUUGUUGAAGUUAUGACGGCUGGCAGCAUUGGAAUUAUGCCAGGCAGUAAUGUACCUACGGAUGUGCUGAUGGAUUGCAAUGUAAAGCUUGGGGCUACACCAGGUGGCAGUACCCCAGCUAAACCUCUGUCAAGUAAACAGGUCGCACAUUUGGGACAAUUUCCGAGUGGCAGUCUAAACGCUAGAGCUUGGCCAGGUGGCAGCAAAAAAACAAUUCAUGCUUUACACAAUGUAGCAUCACCAAGCGGCAGUUCGAAGCUUGAAGAUUCGGCUGGAGCUCUCAUGGGUGAGGAUGAACUGGGUGGAAGUUCAAUGGAUAGUGCUAAGCAUACUGAAGGUACUCCAGGUGGACCUGGAGAGGAUGAACCAAAGCCAUGCGGCACUGCAGAGGCCAGUAGUUUGAGAGGGAAGAAUGAUGACAUGCAUGUCCCCUCCGCAGACUUCAGACCUCCAAGCAAUCCACAAAUGAAGGUCUCAACCAGGUCGCCGUACCUGCCAACUGGAAACUCCUCUCCGGGUCUGGCAGCACCACUUGUAAAAGAAUCAGCGAGCACUGCAGGGAAGCCACAGAAGAGGUCAGCAAGUAGACAGCUGGAAAGUUCACAUUCUCUCUCCGCACCUGGAAGUCAAGUGCAAUGCCCAAGCAUCCAAGAGGUUGGUGGAAAGCAGCAUACAUCUGCAAUUUCUGUAGAGCUUGCUGAGCAAUCGAGCACUUAUGCAUGGCCAUCUUUGUUGGAAGGCGUGGCGGGAGAACGAGUCAAGAGACAGAAAGGCGGUGGAAAAUGGGAGUACCGGCGUCAGAUACCUCACUGCCAUUUCUUUUUGUCUCCAAGUGGCUGUCCAAGAGGAGUUGAGUGUGGGUACCCCCAUCUGACACAUGGAGAGGUAAGGCGGCUUGCAGAAACCAGCAGCAAUUUCCUUCCUAUGGAGGACCAAGCAAUACUGGAGAGGAAAAGGGCGCAAGAGGUUGCUGCAGAGAAAGCAUGGCAAGGAAUGUUUUCAAGUGAAGCAGCAGAGGAAACUGCUCCGGCCUCAAGUACCGGAAAAGGGAGAGGAAGAGGAGGGAGAGGGGGGGGCAGAGGGAGGGGCAGAGGGAGGGGUGGAGGCAGAGCGAGUGGGAGGGGUAAGGGGAGCGGGAGAGGGAAAGUUGGGGAGGGGGAUCAAGCAGAUGGCAGGGAAGCCAGGGGAAAAGCGAGAAUGAUAGAAGGUGGUGGAGUAGGUAAAUAAAGAUGAUGGCGAGCAUCAGCAGGCAGAUCCUGGACACGACAACACUUGCCACUGGGGAACAGCAAACCCAUUAUGAUCACAUUUUGAAA